AUGCAGCUCCGCAUCGCGGCCCUCGCGCUGAUCUUCGCGGUCGCCGCGGCCGACCAGGGCGUGCGCGGCGCGGCCGCCGCAGAGUUGCCGACGGACGAGCAGACGAGGGGGAAGACCGACCUGCAGACUGCGGUCUCGCCCGAGAUCGUGGACGUGCCCAAGGUGGUGGAGUUUGGCGAGACGGAGAAGGUUAACCCGUAUCCAGCUGCCUCCG